UCUACAAAACACUAAUAAUAAAGCAUAUAAUUAAGAUAUAUAUAGGCUAUAUAUAGAACAAGAACCUUUUAUCUGAAUAAUCAUAAUAUAUAGAAGGUUAUCCUUAAAUAUUACAUUAUGCCUAAGAAUUAAUUAUGAGCAUUCAUUAUUCGUAUAUCUGCAAUUAUAGAACGUUAUGGUUGCAUACAUAUCCACCCAUAUAGUAUUUCACCUGGUUAUUUACAAAGUAUUGAGUAAAAAACUUCUUUGUUUAUAAAAUCUGCAACAACAAAAUUCUCUUUUUUAAAAAUAAUUUAAAGUACAAUAAAUAAAAAUUGAGUUUAACAUCUGGAGGCAUUGCUCUUUUAUUUUUAGUUCAUUCAUUUAAAAUUACUUUAGUUUCAAUCUGCUCCUUAGAUUAUGUUGGGUAGAUUAAAAAAAUUAGCUUUUUUUUAUCAAUAUUUAUUUUGCUCUAAAAUUGUAAAUUAUUGAGCAUGUAUUAAUUUUCCAAAAAAAUUCACAUUUAUUUAAAUUUGUUCGAGUAGAAUAUUUCAAUUCGUGUAGACGUGUACCAUGUAUUCAUUUAUGGUUGCAACUUUCCUCCACAACAGUUUUGUUUAUAAAAGGUAUCUCAGAAUUAAAAGCAUCCUAUAUAUACAUUUAAUCUGCAAACGAACAAUUUCUUUAAAUUAAUGGUCAUAUCGGUUCUCAGAGUAUAAAAAAUUAGAACAUGUUAGAGUAUAAAUUAAAUCUAUUAGUUCGUUCAUUUAAAAAUUACUUUGAAUAAAAAAAAAUUGUUAUCAAAAAACAUUUUUUUUCUUAUUUCAACAUUCAUUAAGAAGAUAACAAAUGGAAUAAUAAAAUUCUUUUUCGCAUAUUAUUGCCAGUAGAUCGCUUCAUAAGUAAAUAACAUAAUACGAGCUGCCGGUAACUAAUAAUAUUUUUAGUUCUUAUUAGUAUAGAAAACGUUCUUAAAAUGUUAAUUAAUUUUUAAUAAUUUAAUAUAUUUAAUAAUUAUAUUUAAUCAAAUUUUUAUCGAAAUUUUACGCGGUAACUUAUCGCGAAAAAUUGAACUUUGUUCAAGCUAUUUUAAUCCAGGCUGCUUAAUCAAAAUAUAAAAAUAAUUUUGUAGAAUUAACUCUUUUUACUAUUAUAUUCUAAGUAUAGAGACAACGUUUUGAGUAUUUAUAUUAUAAUGGUUAUCAAAGACGUAAUUGAGUUUAUUAAAGAUGUUGCCAGGUUUGUCAUCUUUACACUAUGUGCUUGUUUAACUAACAUUAAAGAUAGUUUACUUGAGAUGUCUGACAAUUUAUCAGUUGGACCACCAUUUCAUUUUCGGGAAAUUCUACAUCCAAAUAAUAUUAUGACAUAUUUUAGUAAUUUAAUUUUUAGAAUUGUGUGGUAUUUUGGUGCAAUGCCAUAUAACUAUUGCUAUUGGAUUAUACAAAAAUUAUUGCCAAUUUGGAAAUCAAUUCGUAAUAAAAGUGAUAAUAAAACAAAAUAAAAAUUAAAAACAUGAAAAAUAAAAUAAAAAAUUUGUUUAAAAAUUUGUUUCUAAAUAAAAAUUUGUUUAGUUUUCCGAAAUAGAAUAAAAUUUAAGAGAAAGCUCAAUAUUAUAAAUUUUUUGAAAUAUUUUUUUUUUGUAUCACAUUUAACUACAUAGAGUUUCUAAGGGUGUUUUUCUAAAUUAUCUUGCCUAUACUUGUUUCACUCGAAAUCUGUUAGUCAUACAGUUUUAAUGAGUUUGUUCUUGAUAUUUUACGAGUGCAUACAAUCAUUACUGAGUUCACAUUAUUAACCUACUGGCAGUACUGGUAACGCAAAAACAAAUUUAUAACAUAUAGAGUUUCUGAAAGCUUUUACAAUGUAAUCCAAACUUUAUGCAAAAUUUUGUAAUGAAAAACAACAUCAAAAUAUUCUCC